AUGCAAAAGCAGAGCCCGAGUGAAGAGUAUCGUGUAUUCAUAUAUUUGGCGCUGAAUAUUUCAAUGGGCAACACCCUCAAUGAUUAUUUGGCUUGCAUCUUCAUGCGGAGGGCCGGCAAGAGGUACCCGGACACCCGGGGCGCCGUCGCGCGCAGCGACGUGGCGCCGGCGCAGGGCACCGGCGCCCGGGCGAUGCUGGCGCAGGCUCUGAGCGCGGCAUGCUCGCAAGAGCUGGCGGGUUUAGGCGAAGCCUGGCAGCUCCAGAGCAUGGGCCGAGGCCUAGAGGAGGCGGUGGCGCGCGCGCUGAAGCACAUCUGCCGCCGCGGCGAGAGGAGCUGCGUGCUGAAGGCGUUGCGACAGCCGGCGGCGCCAGAGACCAUCAGCGACGAGGAGCUGGCGCUGGAGGCCAAGGCCGCACGCCUGGAGGAGCAGCUCAGGGCCUCCGCCGCCCGGGGCCCCGGAAAACCCUCGGAAAGCCCCGGGGCCUCGGAGCGGCGCAGCGGAGUAUCGGCCCCCGUUUUUCAACGAGAAACCCCCACGAACCACGAAGGCAGCCCUCCCGCGUCCGCGCCGAAAGCCCGCAACGAGGCCCGGCUGCAGCGCCUGGACCGCUUCGAGGCCUUGGAGCAGCGCCGGGAGCCGCUGGCCAUGAAGGCGAGCGCUCGUCGGACGAGCGCGGAGAACUCCGGAUCUUUUGCAGCUGGAGGAGGAGGCCCGGAAGUGGCGGUGUGGUGUAACGCCGAAGGCUCCGACCUGGGCCGUCCCAAAAUCCCCGAUUUGGGGGACCGGGAAAAGGGAUGA